UACGCCAUUCUUGGAAAAAAAGAGUGGGAUUUAAAGAAGUGUUGCUGGAGGACGUGGACCAGACUGAAGCCGCUUCUCGUGACCUUCUGCUCCUCUGCUCCUCUGGAUCUCAGCACUAUGCUCCUCACACAUGACGGAUGGGAGGAUAAAAGUUCGCAGGAUUUCUUUCUCCAGCUCAGAAAAGCCACUCACAGUCCACAGCUCUGCGUUCUCAGCGUCGCUGUGCGCGCCUUUGGUCCGGUCCGGACUGGAACGGCGCUCUUCGUGGACCCGGUCUCAGGCGGAGCCUCGCGCUCUCAGAGGAUGAGAGACUCGGAGCGGAGCGGACUUUCCUGCACCGGACAGCUCCGGUGUUUCUGAACGGACUCACGUUUCCUGCGAUGCCGGUGUGUUGGGAGAGUAAAGAGCUUUAGGAUGAAAGUUGAGAAGCGUGUCUGUCUCCUGCUGAGCUGUUGGACUCUCAUUUACCUGCAGACCGUCCUCGCUUCACUCAGCCGGACCAGAACCACCGAGCUCCAGCACCGGCACCGGUUUGGAGAGGCAGCGCAGAGCGCGACGGGAACCGGCGGUUCCGCACCAGCAGGCGGCACCGACGGGGCGUGGAGACCGUCAGCGGUGAUUCCGCCGAGAAUCACGCGUAUCCACGCAGGUCCCGCGUUAAUCAAAGCCGAGGCUUCUGUGGUUAAAGGCACCGUGACGUCAGCCUCCUCCUCCUCGCUGGUGACCCGCGCGCAGCAGCAGCAGCAGCAGCGCGACAGAGCAGCGGCCAGCGUGGCGCGUAAAGACCCCCUGCGCUCUUGGGACGCUCGCACUAAAGCGCACGCUCCCGCGGCGUUUAGCGCACACGCAGAUGGGAAGGGAGUCCGGACUGCGUCUCCUGCAGGUGGAGGCGGUGGAUCAGCGGGGAGAAGCGCGGGGAAAGCUGCUCCCGGUGCAGCCAAAGCGGCGGUGGCAGCGCGCGCCGGGACUGCGCAAAGAGCCGCCUUUGCGCAAAAGCAGCAGAAGCAGCAGCAGCAGCAGCUACAGAAAAACGCGGCUCCGGUCGCGCAGCGGGGAACCAGCCACAAAACCCUGAGAGUGAACGAGCAUCACAAGCAGCCGCUGGUGAUUCCUCACGACUACAUGCUGUCGCUGUACUGGACUCUGACCAGCGGGGAGCACAACAACCGCAGCAGCAGCAGCGCCGCUGCGCACGAGGCGGCGCUGGCCAACACCAUCACCAGCUUCGUGGACAAAGGUCAAGAUGAGCGCGGACCCCAGCUGAGGCGGCAGAGGUAUCACUUCAACAUCAGCUCUCUGGAACGGGACGGGCUCCUGGGGGCCGAGCUGCGCAUCCUGAGGAAGCGCCUGUCUGACCCCCGCAGAGUCUCACUGGGGUCCGUGGCUGCUGAGGGAGAAGUGGGUGGAGGAGGCUCGUCCCCGUCCCUGAAGCUGUUCUCUUGUGCUUCAGGCAAACAAAAGGCCGCUCUGCUCCAGACAAAGACCGUUGAGGACGUGGUCAGUGGAUUCAGCGGCAGAUGGGAAGUGUUUGACAUAUGGAAAGCACUCAAGGGUUUAAAGAACCAGCAGCAGCAGCUGUGCUUUGAGCUGGAGGCACUCGAGCACCGAGGCGGCCGACCCGCGGACCUGAGAACUCUCGGGUUUGCCCGCUUUGGCCGGACCAACAAGGAGAAGGCCUUCUUCUUAGCAUUUGGCAAAAGCAAGAAGCGCGAUCUUUUUUACAACGAGAUCAAAGCGCGGUCGGGCCACGACAACAAAACUGUCUACGAAUACCUGUUCACCCAGAGACGAAUGCGCAGAGCUCCUGCCGUGAGGGGCGCCAAAAAGCCGCCGCUGCAGCAGCAGCCGCCACCGCAGUCCGUCCCCCAACACCAGGUGGUGAAGACGAGGCCGCGCUGCAACCGCAAACACCUCCAUGUAAACUUCAAGGAGAUGGGCUGGGACGACUGGAUCAUCGCACCGCUGGAGUACAACGCGUACCACUGCGACGGCGCCUGCGACUUCCCCAUCCGCUCGCACCUGGAGCCGACCAACCACGCCAUCAUUCAGACCCUGAUCAACUCCAUGGACCCGGAGGCGGCGCCGCCGACCUGUUGCGUCCCCACGCGACUCUCCCCGAUCAGUAUCCUCUACAUCGACUCGUCCAAUAACGUCGUCUACAAGCAAUACGAGGACAUGGUGGUGGAGGCGUGUGGCUGCAGGUAGCGAAGGACAGUGGGAGGAGCUGUGUCUCAAUUCAGGGACGUCUCCUUCACAGGACGCAGCCGACGAAGGCAGAUGUGCCUUUGUGGACUGCAAAGGAUUAGACGGUCUGGCCUACGAAGGAUUACAGAGCUGCAGUGGACGUCGUACCGUGCACUACCGUGCAACGAUGUGUGGCAUAACACGUAAACCAAAGAAAUCAGGUCUUAAGGCUCCUUGUUUUUGUUUUUUUUACAUGUGCUCUAUUUGCCCGGUUCUCUGUUCUUUUGUUUUGCCGCCAACAUUUAACAUUUGACUUCAGUGCACAGUGAAUGCUGAGGACACACGUGCAGGAAGCUUUGGAAUGGGACAGUCGCAGCGCUUUGAUGCAGCCUCUAAAGGAGGCGGGGCCUGAAUUGAGACGCGGCCCAGAGAAAGACGCUUCCCGUCCUACAUUAACAGGAACAGUUAAACACAACAAGUGGGCUAAUGCUAAAGUACUGUUUCUGGAUCACUCAUGUUACUAGCAUGAGCUAAGAAUUGAAACCCUUAAAUAUUAAAAAAAAAGUAUCAAUACACAAGACAACAGAAGAACCAAAAGUGACCAGAAACCCGUCUCCUAUAAAAGUACCGUAAAGCGAUACUUUUAGAGUAAAAGUAUGUGAGCAGAAAAUGACUUUGACAUUUACUCAAGUAUCAAAUGUCAUUUUCUGAUAUAAAAAUCUACUUCAAAGUAUUAAAAAAGUGAGGAGUUAGGAUUGAGCCAUGGUGGCUCAGUGGUAGGUCAAGUUGUCUUUCAAACAUGGGUUAAAUUCCCGGCUCUGCUCGUCUAUAUGUGUCCUUGAGCAAAGACACUUAACCCCAUGUUGCAGCAUGUGAAUGUGUGAAAGGGUGAAAACUGUAGUGUAAAGCAGCUCAUCAGCACUAGAAAAUCUCUAUAUAAAUACAGACCAUAAUAUCAACUCUUCUUCUGAUUGUAUUUGGUAUUCACCUGUCCUCAUCAUUCACCUGUCCUCAUUGUUCAUCUGUCCUCAUCAUUUAGCUGUCCUCACCUGUCCUCAUCAUUCACCUGUCCUCACUUGUCCUCAUCAUUCACCUGUCCUCAUCACUCACCUGUCCUCAUCUUUCACCUGUCCUCAUCAUUCACCUGUCCUCACUUGUCCUCCUCUUUCACCUGUCCUCAUAUUUCACCUGUCCUAAUCAUUCACUUGUCUUCAUCAUUUACCUGUCCUCAUCAUUCACUUGUCCUCAUCAUUCACCUGUCCUCAUCCUUCAUCUGUCCUCAUCGUUCACCUGUCCUCAUCAUUCACCUGUCCUCACUUGUCCUCCUCUUUCACCUGUCCUCAUAUUUCACCUGUCCUAAUCAUUCACUUGUCUUCAUCAUUUACCUGUCCUCAUCAUUCACCUGUCCUCAUCCUUCAUCUGUCCUCAUCGUUCACCUGUCCUCAUCGUUCACCUGUCCUCAUCAUUCACCUGUCCUCAUCAUUCACCUGUCCUCAAACCUGUUUACUUUUCUUCCUCAGUAACGAUGGGAUUUCAAACCUAGUACAGUCGUACUUCCAAUAAAAAUGUACUGAAAAUGAAAAGUACCUUAAAUCUAAUCAUAAAACAUCUCUGAGUGAACAGACUGGACUGCUCAGACUCCGGCUGCUCACCACAGACUAAUCAGAGGGAGAUGAAGUGGUGAAGGUGACGACGCUCACUCCCUCACCCUCUCACUCAAACAUGUGUGUGAUGUUGGUGAUGAACACAAAGUGUCAGAACGAGGCCAAAAACACGCAAGUUUUAUUCUAUUGUAUUAUUUUUUUACUCAGAUCUGUAUCUUUAACGUAAAUGUUAUUAUUAUUAUUAUUAUUGUAUUAUACUCUAAAGAACUCACUCACCUGCCUGUGUGUAUUUGAAUGCACAGCGAGACAGACAUGACGACUCGUCUGUUCUGUUUCGACUUAUCCAGGACUUUUCUCGUCGAGCAUGUGAAGAAUUUGUGAUGUGUAAAUAAAGGCCGGUGAUGAAGUGCUGAUGUGACCUGCUCCAAAUGUGGGAAAAUGUUGCAUAUUCCACUUUUCAGUAAUAGAGCAGAAAAAUGUCUCGUUGACUGAGCUCCAAACUCCUAUCAGUCCCAAACUCUUCCUGCUGGGAUAUGUGGACUCAACAAUCCCAGGAAUUUGUUAGACACCAAAUCCCAAUUUAACCCGUCGAUGACUGUUUGGUUUGUUUGUUUGUUUUUUACCAAGUUGUGUAAAUAAAAAGAGUCUGCAGGUAUUAAAAAA